AUGCCAGACACUGAUGUGUACCCAACCCAGCAGCAAGAGAAGCUCAUUCGCUUAUCCAUAUGUGAUACGUACUCGCCAAAGGUAUGGGUCACUCAGACGCACUUCUUCCCAUUGAAGAAUCAAGAUGACUUCAUUCGCAUUCACGAGGUUCUCCGGGAAGGUCUGAAACGCACACUUGACGAGAUACCGGCACUGGCUGGCACGAUUCUCCGUGAAUCUGACGAUCCGCGAGACAUUUCCAUCAAGAUUGAAAAUGACUCGCAUAUUGAGUUCCCUCGUGAAGACCUUUCACAGCAAGAGAGCAUUCCAAGCUUCUCAACCCUCGAAGCUGAUGGAUUUCCUAUGAAAGCUGACCUUGUGUGGGCCUUUUCCAAACCAGAGACGCUCACUCCUACUUCCGAAGGUGCUCGUUUGCUCGCCGUGAAGCUCAAUCUAAUCAAGGGCGGCCUGGCACUUUCAUUCGGUUUCAAUCAUCUGCUUGCAGAUGCAUCUACUGUGGCAGAAGUGGAGAGAAUAUGGUCGCUUCACAGCGCAGAUAUCAGUGCUGGUCGAGAGCAGCAACGAUAUAAGGGUGAAGUCGAUGACUCUGCCAUACGAAGUCGCCUCUCGAAACCUUCAGAUGGCGUAGGUCCAUUCACAGACGAGCAUUGGAAGUUGUUCCCCACAGAAUUCUCGCAGCUCCACCUUUCGAGAACUGCCGUGACCAAAGAAGCCGCGUUGUCCACCUUGGAGCAGACCAAGGAAGCCCAUCUGGCAGCCUUGGGGGGUAAGGUCGAGAAGACUUUGUGGGCCAUCUGGGAGUUCUCCCCAGAGAGUCUCGUGCAGUUGAAGAAAGACGCUACUGGGACCGAUGCUGCGCAGUGGAUUUCGACAAUGGAUGCACUCGUCGGCCUCUUCUGGUCUCGAUUCUCUGCAAUCAAACAGAAGAGUAAGGAAGGACAUGAUCAAUCACUUCUCUUGUUUCCCAUCAACAUUCGGCAACGUUUGCAGCCCGCGAUCCCUGCGCAGUAUAUUGGCAACGCAGUCGACAUUGUCUUCGCGGAGACCUCUCUGGCUGAGCUAGAAAAGAGCGAGUCCGGGCUGCAGUACGCCGCCCGUGAAGUUCGGAAAGCCGUUGCAGGCUACAGUACCUCAGCCUGGGCUGCGUGGCUCACAAUGGCAGCAGGAUUGCCAAACGACAAAGCAAUCUGUCCGGAUCCUGUCAGAUUACUCGCAACGCACAAUCUUGGCUUCAACGACUACUCGAAGUCGCAAUCGAAUACUUUGGAUUGGGGUUCUGAUCUGGGAAGGGCCGCUCGCACAAGAUACUGCAAACCGGCAGCAUCAUUGGCUGGCUGCGCUCCAGCGGUUAUUGUCAAUCCGAGACUUUUUGACGGUGGGCUUGAAGUGGCAACUACCGUGACAGAGGAGCUGUGUGCUGCCUUACAGAAGGAUGCUGUGUUCGAAAAGUAUGGCAAACUUACUACAGCUUACCUGUAG